GUGCUGUCAAUGUGCAGUGAAAAGGAUAUUCCGGUUGGCGAAGCUCUGCGUUUAUAUUACGACACAUCGUCGCAGUGGUUUGGUUUUGUUCGAAAAUUACACACGAUUGUGGAAGCAAUAUUAGUGAGUGAUCGAUUAUUUCACGCGCUGGUAAACUACUAACUGUGAGUGUGGUUUUGUGGUUGUGUCGUUGUCGUUGUUAACGUGUACUGUGUGGAAAAUGAUCCUUCUCGGCUAGAGGAGAUAAAUCAUGCAAACGUGAUCGGGAACCAAGUCACGUGUGCGCAAGUGAAGAAGUAAAAAUUUAAAUCGUAUAAAUGAUUUGAUGAUUCAUUGUUUCCUCGGAUGAUGAGACCUGCUCAGUGAACGCGGGGGUCGUACACGUGUAUGUUUGAUAGUUGCGCAGUAAUGGUUACAACAAUCAAAAUCACAGGCGACGGAGUGUUUAUCCAGUCUAAUUCGUAUCUUAGCAGCGGUCACCAUCACCAUCAUCAUAGUCGGUCCCAGUCGUCACCUUCGUCGACGGAACAUAACCCGCUCAGGGAGCGGAGCGGAUCAGGAAGUGAUCAGGCGAGCACCAGUAGCGGAGAUCUUGAGGAACAUCAGAUGAGUAGAUUUGGUGGCACCAGAAGAGUCGAACGGGACGACAAUAAUAACCGAGAGUUGGGUCCGAAACUGUUCUACGGUAGCGAUAGUAAUAACAAUUUCCCAAAAGUUUCCCAUCGACGAUAUCAAUCGGAAGAGGUUCUAACUCGUCAUCAGAAGACCAGCGGUAGCUCAGAUGGUUCGGACGCGGUAGAUGUUGUUGGUCCGAUAUAUUACAACAGCGGUACCGAAUCGGAUGAUCAGUUCACGAUCUCCUUCUUGAACACCCGCGGGCGCAACGGCAAAAAUUACCUCAACCAAAAGUUCAUCGUUUACAACAGCAAGAAACCAAAGCCCUCCACCGGCCUUCAACAGAACGGGUACUAUCCGAACCAGUACCAUCAGUAUCUGACCGGUCGAUUGAAGCCGGCCUUCUCUACAUCCGUUCUCACAUCCCCUGCACUAAUUAGCAGCACUCCGACCAGCUACGGCAGACCCGCAACUGCAACUCCGCCUCCGGCGUCCCACGGUCUCGCUAAAUCAACAUCCAGCCUGCAGCAGCAGCAACAGCCGCGGAUAGCUUCUCCUGCUCUGUCCUUCUCCGUAUCGUCACUUUCACCUCCCAAUGGGUUCUCCUGGACACCACCACCACCGCUUGUUCCACUAGUCGCCAUUGCUGCCACUUCAUCAUCUGAACUUGAUGUCGAUGUGAGAGGGGAAUCACGUGUGGAACGCAGCAGAGGCAUCAAGAAUCAGCAGCAGCAAAGCGAACUGCAAGAGGAGCAACACCACAGCAACUUAUCGCGUCGUAACUCGACCGGAAGCAGUGUGCUGAACAACGGAAUGAACAGUCAUACGGCGGCCAUCAAUCUGCAGUCGUCGGGUCAAACAGCAGUAGUCGGUCACCAUCGGGGGUUCUCGUCAACAGUAGUAGCAGCAGCCAAUUCGGCCGCCUCGGGCGAUUGUCCAUGGUUCAUGCCGCAUCAAAUGCCCCCGACGGCACCGGCGCGGCAGCACAAACGACCAGCGCCACAACCGGGUGGAGGCGUCCCGGGAGGGAUAUCCGGUGGCAUUGGCGGUGUCGGAUUAAUGCAACCGCCACAGUUCAUUAAUCCACCGCCAGCUCCCCAGCAGCAGUCACAACAUUCGCCACAGCAGCACCAACAGAUGGCACCACCGCAAUUACCUCCACAUACUGUUACUAGUAAUCAAAAUCUAAAUUCCAUCCAUCUGGCCGCGCAGCAACAGCAGGCACAACACCACCAGCAGCCUCCACCAUUACACUCCGGGAUAGUUCCAGCAGCACAUCACAUACCAAAAUCUCCCAACCAGCAUAGCGUGCUUGCUGCCUCAAGUUUACAGCAAGCCCAACAGCUGCAUCAGCAGCAGCAGCCAACACAGCACAAUGCCAUCAGUAGCCAUCAACCGAAUCUCAUGUCCGCCUCGAUGAACAGCGUUCAGCUGCAGAACCACAUCCACGUUAAUCAGCCAUCGGCAGCAGUAAUGGCAACUAUUACACCUCAGCAUCAACAGCAGCAGCAACAACAACAACAACAACAGCAGCUACCCCCGGCGCACGGAAUGUCCAACUCGAUGCACAGCCAAAUCGGACUCCCUCAACCACAGGCCGGUGUAUCUGGAGGGUUCGAUAGUAAUGGGGUUCCCAAUAGUUGGACAGGUGCGACCGGAGCUGCAUCGCUUUCUCCGUCUACCGCCUCGGCCCAGCGGAGAGCCGAAGUCAACGCCAAGCUUAAUGCAAUGCCAUGGUUCCACGGCCGGAUAAAGCGUGAGGAGGCAGAGAAUCUGCUGAAGCCCCGCGAGGAUGGUCUGUUUCUGGUGCGAGAGUCGACAAAUUUCCCGGGUGAUUACACGUUGUGCGUGUGCUUCAACGAGAAGGUCGAACACUACCGAAUUAAGUACGCCGAGAACAAGCUGACAAUCGACGAUGACGAGUACUUCGACAAUCUUGGCCAGCUGGUGGAGCACUACACUCUGGAUUCCGAUGGAUUGUGCACGAAACUGAUUAAAGCGUUACCCAAGGAGGAGUUCUGUGUAAAGGAUUUCCAGGAUAAUGGCUGGGAGAUCAAGAUGGAGGACCUGCAGAUGAAGGAAAACAUCGGCAAGGGUGAGUUUGGCGACGUGAUGCUAGGAAUACUCAAGGGCGAAAAGGUGGCAGUGAAAGUACUGAAAGAUGCUGGCCGAGCGUCCAACAAGUUCCUCGCAGAGGCAGGCGUUAUGACAACUCUCGAACACGAGAAUCUAGUGAAAUUCAUUGGACUGGUAUUCCAUGAUAAAUACAUUUAUCUGGUGACAGAGUACAUGAGCAAGGGAUCGCUGGUGGACUACCUUCGGUCCAGAGGGAGACAGCACAUUACGCGGAGGGAUCAAAUCAAUUUUGCGUUCGACACAUGCUCGGGAAUGGAAUAUCUGGAAACGAAAAAAGUGAUCCACAGGGAUCUAGCCGCUCGAAACGUGCUUAUAUCGGAGGAGUGCGUCGCCAAAGUUUCCGAUUUUGGGUUGGCACGAGACGAAAGGUACACGGCUGACAUCAGCAAAUUGCCCAUUAAGUGGACCGCACCAGAAGCGUUGAAGGAGGGGAAAUUCUCCAACAAAACAGACAUGUGGAGCUUCGGAAUACUGCUGUGGGAAAUCUACUCGUUCGGACGUGUGCCAUAUCCCAGAAUUCCCUUGGCCGACGUGGUCAAGCACGUUGGUAGCGGCUACAAAAUGGAGGCCCCCGAGGGCUGUCCGCCGGAGAUCUACGAAAUGAUGCGCCAGGCCUGGGAUCUCGUCCCCGAGAAGCGACCGACGUUCGCCGAGUUGAAGCGGCGGCUCGCCAUCUGCAAGCGGGAAACGGCCAACACUUACGUGACGUAGAGCGACUGUGUGGCUCUGAACGGUGGGACGCCGAAGGAUUGUGAUUCGCUCGAGUGCGACCAGGCGACAGCCCAGCAUGAAACGUAAAGCAAAACAAACAAAAUCGCCAUUACUACUUUUCGGAGCGCUUUCAACCAAAAUCGAGCAUACGACAAAAAUGAAGGAAGAAAGGAAGGAGCUUCGAUCGGGAAUCAAAAAGGUAGCGUUACUUUUUAGUUUGAUUUCUUAUUGAUGUUUGUUUGUUUUAUCGUUGGUCUCUUUGACGAGAAAGUUUCUAGCGGGAAAUAGUUUUAGAUAACUUCAUUUCGUCUUUUGUUCGGCCGCACUGCAAUUUAUGGUACGUCCAAUGAGUUUCUUUUGUUAAUUUUGAUACUAUGGUGUAUAUCUGUUAUUCCCCUUUAUCGAUUAGAUAACCUAGAUAAGGAAUACAAAGAGAGAAAUUGUACAUAGCUCGAAUGGGAAAUCCUAUCUAAUUAAUUCGAAUUAAGUUGAAUGGGGAGAAAGUUUGUAUUUAAAAAUAAUGAAUUAUACGAUCUGUAAAACGUUACUCAAGUAUAGAGGUAAUUGAUUGUUUAGUUACGAGGCGUAAACCUACGAAGCGAAACUAUGCAACAGUAAAGAGAAUAAAGAUUCUUUCAUGUACAGUGUCGAUUGGAGUAUUGAGAAAAUCAGAAAUGUAAAGUGUGUCAUCAGAGUAAAGUCACACUCACGAAAUAAUGUGAGACUAAAACCUGUAAGGUUCUAUGCUUGUUUUCUUUGAAGUAUUAUUAUUUAAUUGAGUUUAUAUUUAUUUCACACAACUAUUACACACUGGAAAGCACAACACGGAUACAACAUAAUGUGUAGCACAAAUAGUGUGGUUCUCAAAACGACUGGAAGACGGAUCGAAGGUCAAUAGUAUGACAGUAUCGGACAAUCAAAUUGCCAUAAUGUUUGAUUGAGAAUGUAACAUCUGUUACAGUUUAGUGGAGUCGCUAGGCUUGGAGAGUCGGAGAUCGAGCAACACUUUUCGCCAUUAAACUCGUAAUUUUCUGCGAACAAAUGUAGAGGGAAAUUUUUCUUCAAACCCGACAAUAUGGGACCACUUGUCAAUCGUGCCCGAUAAUCACGGAUGGUGGUCAAGUUUAAGCAAAAAAUUUUGGCCGAAUCUCGAGCAUACCCUGUGAUUUGGUUUAGUUGUUUCAUUUGUUUUCCCAAUCUCUGACUUACCGCGCGGCACAACAAAAAGCGUUAAGUUAAAAGUUGUGAUCAAUUGUCCAUUUUAGGUCAGAGACUUGCGCUUAUUGUUUCGAUGCUUCAUCGAUUUAUCGACAUGUUCAUGGCAUUUAUUUCAAUUUUGAGUUUCGACACGAUCGGCAACGAAUUCCAGCACUAGCGAUCGUCACUCACAUGUUUGCAUUUUUGUAUGUUUAUCCUUUCAUGCGUUCCAUUCUACAGUUCAAUCAAGCUUGAAUGUCGUUACUUUUUUAUAUUACGCUGAGUAAAACAAACCGUUAGGACAAACAGGAAAUCGGCAAAGUAAUCUAAUUAUGCGUGGAAAUGGAAACUAACCGAAAAAGAAUAAGAAUGUAAACAUGCAUAAUUAAUUAACGAUAUGAUAUUCAUAUUUGUAAUUUAUUACUAUUAUUGAAACGAAAGGGAAACUGCUGCGACAACAACUGUAAAAUAUAAACCACGCGACCGGAAAUGAAACAGAACCAGCAAAAAAAUAUGUUGUAGUGUUAGGGAAAGCGUUCACACACAACACAGCUACAAUCGCAGCUAUGGAGCUAGAAACAGUUGGAAAUUAAACAGUAAGUUUAGGAUUUAUUUAAGCUCUUCGAUCAGUCAUUUUUAUAAAUAUAUAUAAAACAUAUUAUUAGGAACAGAAUAACCACUGUAUGCAAUUGGUAUCUUCGUGAAUUGAAUCAACUAGGACAACAAACAAUAUAUAUUCGAUUGAUCGACGCUAGGUGUGUUUGGGUGAAAUAUUUGAGUGUGUAAAUUCGCGUGAGAGUAUAUGUGAAAUGUUUGUUUGAGUGCACAGUUUUAUAGAGGAAUUUUUAUUUGUUUUUAAUUAGGGAAAACAGAUGAAAGUUAUUUGUUUUAUAAUGAGUAAUUUUUUUGCUAUCAAUAAUAUUCUCCAACAUUACCAGAAAGUAGCAAUGAAGAUAAAGUUUGCUCUUCAGAACGAAAGGUAAGCCUCUGAUAAACUGCUUCUUUCGGUUAGACGUUCGAUACCCUCCAUACUUGUUGUUUUAUAUUAUUUUGUUUAGAGAUUAUUAUUGUUUUUUAAUAUAUUUAAUUCGACCAACAGGAAGGAAGGGCAAAAGAAAAGUGUCGCAAAUUUGUACAUAACUCUAAUCGAAAUCCUAUCCCGGAAACAAAUGAAACUAAUAAUGGAACGCUAACAUUUUACUCGAAUACACAUAUGAAACAAAAAUCGCAUAGAAUUAUAACAAAAAGUACUUAACUUUGGCUUAAAGAAGGAAAAAUAUACUGCAAAACAGCUGGAAAAAAAGCAAGUUUGAUAAAUGACCACAGCCUCUCGUUACCAUUCCUCAUAUAUUUCGACUACAGUUCGCUUCACCUUAGGAUUGCGCAGUGCUUGAACAAUUUGCGUUCCCAUUCGAUUUCUUUACAUUCAGUGAUGCCAAAACUAUAGGAGAACAACCAACUAAAAUAUAGGAAAAAAAUAACUAUAGCCAUGUUUUAGACGCAAUUGGCCACUCUCAUCAAAGAUAGACAGAAGAAAAACCAAUAUCAUUAGGAAAUGAAUCAGAGAAAUAUAGAAUUGUUUGUUGACCUCAGAGUAAUUGUCGGAAGUAAUGUGAUUCCCGUUUUAGCAGCAAUUUACUUCGCAUCAGAAAUCAGAGAAAAACAACAACAAGGGCUAGCUGAGACCCACAACCUUACCGGCAAAAAUAUCAAUGACGCAUACGACAGUUCAAAACAAGAAUCUUAUAUUAGACAGUCGAUUAUAGAGCAAUGAAUUAAUAUAUAAAGUUAUCUUAAAUUACCAUUCAAACAUGGUGAAGAUAAAAAACAAAAUAAUUUUGAGCUCAACAAUAUGAAACACAAAACUCAUACACUAAUAGAUGAGAACGAAAGAGAAAAAAAAGCGAGCGAGCGAGCGAGCGAGAGAAGGGUUGCGCAUAACAUUUUUUUUAUUUCAACCAAUGCUACUCGAACACUUCUUACACACAAAAAGCACGUGGAAGAAAACACUUUUACGUUGAACAGUGAAGAUGAAAUAAUAGGAGAAAUAAUUAUCCAAUGUUGAAGGGACAAAAUGAAAGUUAAAAAAAUAUCUUAACGAAAGCUAGGCGAAAAGGAGUUAAAGAAAAAGAAAGUAGAAUACAGCAAAAAAACAUCUACUAUUGAACUCAUGAUAAAAGUAUCAAAAACAACAAAAGCAGCUGUAGUGUUUUUAAAUAUAA